AUGGCAUCACACAACAACAAUAACAGCAAUACCAGUGAUGGCAAGUAUGGCUAUCCGUUAAACUUUGACUGGAAGCACCCGUGGCCUCGUGCACCAAUGCCGAACAAUGAAGAGGAUCGUCUGGCUGAGCUCGCCCGCUACCGCAUUCUCGAGACAGAACCCGAUGAGAAGUUUGAUAAACUUUGUCGUAUUGCGUGCAAGGAGAUGAAAUGCCCCAUUGCAGCUGUGAGCUUUAUUGACAAACAGAAACAGUGGUUCAAGGCCAACAGUGGCCUCACACAGCGUCAGAUUCCACGUGACGUGGCGCUCUGUGCACACACCAUCAUGCACGCUAAACGUGCGCUCGUGGUCGAGGACACAUCGCUGGACGAGCGUUUCCAGCACAAUCCGCUGGUUACGCGCGCUUCGGCCGUGCGUUUUUAUGCGGGUGUGCCUAUUACCACACCCAAUGGCUUUUGCAUUGGCUCUGUCUUUGUCUUUGAUGUCAAGGGCCACCACAAUGUCGACGCCAAGAUUUUGCACAAGAUUGCGGCUAAAGUAUUGAAAUACAUGGACGAGCGACUCAAGAACAUGGCGGCGACCAAGGACUUUGACUUGCCCGCGUCUAUAUCUACACCCACACCUACGUCACGGUCAAAUACGACCCCUCCUAAGCGGAAGACAUUGUCUCCGCCAACGUCACAGGGAAGCACGGAGCAACCGGCGGGUGAGACGGCGUUGCGGGAGCAGCAGCCAACUUCUUAUACACCGGUCAAGCCCGAGCCUGCUGCUGAGCCUGUACCCGACUCGGAGACUACGAGCGCUGAGAGCGGCGUAAUUGUACAAUCAGCAGCAGUGACUAGUACGGCCAUUGAGGCACAAGGACAGGGGCAGGGAGGACUUGGCAACAUGGGCUCGAUGCUUAUGAACUUGCUGGCACGCACGACGGAGACACAGCAGCAACUUGCAGCACAACAGGGAGUGAUGUUCGAGACAUUGGGAGAACACUCAAACCAAUUGGAUUCACUGGGCCAAUCCAUGAGUAAAUUGGAAAAGCGCUUUGAGCAGGUGCGAAUUAUGAAAGAGCAGCAGCAGCGGAAUGCGACUACGGGAAGCCGUCGACCGAAACACGUGUAA